AAGGAGGAGGAGGGUAAAGCAGAGGGAGGAUGACUUGGAGGCAGUGUGGAGCGAUCGCAGUUACUAGCAUCCCUUUCCACGCCUGUGUGAGUUUCAGUCUUUGUGCAAGCACUGUCUGUCUGCAGCUAACCAUGCAGCCUCCUCUCUAACAUCCUGUGCAAUGAGGGUGCUGCGUCUGUGCCCUCCAAGCAGCCUGCUCCAGGGGCUAGUGGCUUUGCUGGCUAUCUGUAUCCAGCCACCAACAGAAGGAUGGAGUCAGGAGGGACACACUGAAGAGGAUAUCUUCUUACUCCCUAUUAAUGCCUCUAGCAGGUCCUUGGCUAAUCUGGAGUUUGACUUACAAACUGAAAAGAGGACCACAGUUGAGGAGAGUGGUAAGGAACCAAAACCAGGACAUAUCAAGAAACUACCUUCUUCCUCACCUUCUCCUGUACCCUCUGCCAGUAACACUUGGGAGAACAGCAGAGAGACUUUGAUCCUGUCUCCUCAAACCCAUCAGGAGUUCCAUGCCUCCCAGUCUCAACAACAUGGGUCAGCUCACUGCAACAUCAGUGUUCAAAGGCUAAUGCUCACUUCUUUGCUAGUCCGCUGGGGGCGUCAGUUGGGCUUCCAGUGUGACCUGUUGCUUUUUUCCACUAAUAAUCAUGGCAGAGCGUUUUUCUCAGCGGCCUAUAACCGGGUAGUGUCUCCGGUUGUUAUUGAGCACCUUGGGGUUUCUGGGGCGCAACAGGAAUUUCGCCUUUGCAUAGGAUGUGGAUGGUCAAGAAGCAGAAGGAGUGGUCAUCUAAGGCACCAACAUGCAUCUUCUGCUGCAUCUUCUACAUUUUCUUUCAUUUCUUCAACUUCAACAGAUCCUCACAAUUCACUACAAGGGGAAUCCCUGAAUUUCUGCUGCCUGGACUUCACUUUAGAGGAGCUGAGAGGUGAACAGGGCUGGAGAAUGAAUCGGAAGCCAAUUGAAUCCACUUUGGUAGCCUGUUUCAUGACUCUGGUUAUCAUUGUUUGGAGUGUUGCUGCCCUCAUCUGGCCAGUGCCUAUUAUUGCAGGGUUCUUGCCUAAUGGUAUGGAACAGAGAAGGACAAGUAGUAAAUAGCCUUUCAAAUUAUAUACCAUGAAAUACAGUUUAGUCAUUAUACAAUGAGUAGUGUGCUGUGUUGUGAAACAACUGCCCUUUUCUCAGUAAGCCUAUUUUUUUAAUGUAAUUUUUUUUAUCCAUUUUCUUGUUACUUACAAAAUGAGUAGAAGCCAGUUGACAA